AUGGGUGUUGGUAUUGUUGGUAUUUAUUGGUGUGGAUAUUUAUUGGUAUUUAUUGGUGUGCUGUUAUUGGUGGUUAUUGGAGUUGAAGUUGGUGUUGGUGUUAUUGGUGUUAUUGGUGUUGAUACUGGUGUGGUAUUUAUUGAGAUUGAUAUUUAUUGGUUUGAUACUGGCGUUGGUAUUGAUAGUGGUAUUGGUGUUUAUUUAUUGGUGCAUAUUGGGACGGGUACUGCGGUGGUGAUGGUUAGUGUUGGUAUGAUUGGUGUUGGUAUUAUUGGUGUUGGCAUUAUUGGUGUUGGCAUUAUUGGUGUUGGCAUUAUUGGUGUUGGCAUUAUUGGUGUUGGUGACUAUUGGUGCUGGUAUCUACUGGCUGGUGUAUACUGGUAUUUAUAA